AGGAAUCUAGUAACGAUUUUAAUCUAGUUUGCAAUUGCACUAGAAAAAUUACGUUUGAAUCAGUUCGUUUCUCAAACGAUCAACCUGCAAAGUAGCUGCUACUCUAUGAAAAGCAAUUUUGGGCGAAUUCAAUAGUAAAGUUUGUCAAACCAAUCACACACUAUUAAUCUAAACCGAGACCAGUACAGGACCAGACGAUUUGCCUUUGAAAAGAAUUGUAUUGGGCACAUAGGUGGUUAAAGUGAGUGUGGCGGUUGGGGGAUGUGGGGCUGGUGCAUCCUCGUCACCUGAGCCAUCCGUAUUCUUUGUCGUGUGGUUGAAUUGCCUUUGCAAUGGAUUUCUUGGACAUAAUCGGGUAUCACCAUCGCCGCCAGAAAAGAGUUGUAGCUGAGCAUCUCCACAACGAAUCCGUAUACAGGCGUAUAAUCACAUGCUUUGAAGACUGGAAUUGUCUGAGAGAAGCUAUAAUCGGAAAUUUCGGUGACAUCCUCGUAAACAAAAUUGCCAACGCUACUGGUUUAAGCAAGUAUGAUGUGAAGCAUUAUCGACAUCCAAAGAUAAUUGCAGAAGUAAUGUCCUUAAGCUUUCAGUCUGAAAAUGGACAGGUUGUCGAAAUAAUAGAUGUUGAAGACCUGAAGAACAAUAUGGCAGUCUUUGUUGAAAUCACAACAAAGAAUGGAUCAGAAAUACCUCCUGGACCUUACCGCAUCUGGUGCCCAGUUCACUCGGAAGGACAAGGCUAUUUAGCACUUGGUGAAUCUGCAAUCGGUGUUGCAAACUAUCCUUUGACAAGUCGAGGGACAACUGCAAAUAUUACAAGGAUGUUUUUAGAGCCGGUUCCUGGUCUCGACCUGUACAAUUUGCGAAUCCAGCAUCAAGAGCAAGUGUAUUACGUACAAUGCAUCGAAAACGCAGUCUUUGCCCAACUGGUGGUACUUGGAUCGCCGUUUCCAGAAAAGGCUGCUUUCCAUGUUAUCAAGCAAACUGAAUGCGACUACUUCUAUUUCAUAUUAGAGAAUGAAAGUAGCAGCAACAACCACAAAAGUAUGUUGAAGAUUGGAGAUAAAGAUCUCAUGGUCGUGGAAACACUAGAUCACGAUCCAAGGGACCUGGGAAGUUAUCUGGAUCAAGCAUUUUUGUUUGCACUAUGCUUGGAUGUUAAAGCGAGACGUACAGUCUCAAAGCAGCUGAUGAAACUUAAAAACUAGACAUUUUCAGUAAACUUUUAGAAGGAAAAAAGGUUUAGAAUUAAAUGUUAAUUAUCGAAAUACCUGAUGAAACAUAAAAAACUAGACAUUUUCAGUAAGCUUUUUAAAAAUAAAUGUUAAUUAUCGAAUAGUUUUUAGAAAUCAUUCCUUUGGAGCAGUUUUUAUUUUAUAUCAUUUUAUGAACAAGUAAUUUGUAUUCUCCUUUUUUUUAAAUGAAACAUUAAAUGUGAUCCUGAAA